UGACUCCACCCCCGGACCAUGUUUACGACUAUAGCCACGAGAACGGACGGUUUCAAGAAUCAGGGUGGGGAAUCCGCGCAGGAAGACUUCCCAUGUAUAGUCCAGUGUGGACCAACGAUAAGCCUUGGGCACAAAAAUGGUCGACCAAAUUCACCUCGACACUCGCGGAGCUUCCAAACAUCGUCGCGCACUAUCUUCCUUUAUCCAACAGACGAUCGGCUAGAUCCUUCGUGACCGGAAGACCCUCCAUGACGUCCAACACCUCAUCUUCCAAUUUUCUCUUCAUCCUACUAUGCGGCCUGUGGUACACCACUUCUGCGUUAUCAUCGAACACUGGAAAGGCCAUCUUGAAUCAAUUCCGCUACCCCGUCACUCUCACCUUUGUCCAAUUCGGCUUCGUCGCAUCCUACUGCCUGUUGUUCAUGUCGCCAGCCGUUCGUUUCUCCAAGCUUCGAACGCCGACGAAAGCGAUACUACGUAGCACCUUUCCAAUGGGCCUUUUUCAAGUGGGCGGUCAUAUUUUUUCCAGUAUCGCCAUUUCCAGAAUUCCGGUCAGCACUGUCCACACAAUUAAAGCUCUUUCUCCCCUAUUUACGGUCGCCGCAUACGCCUUACUAUUCGGUGUAAGCUAUUCAAGCAAGACUUACAUAUCCCUCCUCCCUCUUACUGUUGGAGUCAUGCUGGCAUGCUCAUUCGACGUCUCGGCAUCCAAUGUCAUGGGCCUACUGUGCGCUUUCGGAUCAGCCAUUGUGUUCGUUACCUCGAACAUAUUCUUCAAGAAGAUCAUGCCCUCUAAAUCCCCCAGUGGAUCGUCUGGUUCAAGCCACAAGCUCGACAAAAUGAAUCUUCUUCUCUAUUCCUCUGGAAUGGCAUUCCUAUUAAUGAUCCCCAUCUGGAUGUACUACGACCUCCCAGUAUUUCUGUCUGGCACCAUUCAACCUGCCGUAGCGAAGGGAGGACCCCCAGCCCACUCGGUUUCGUAUUAUUUCUUCAUGAACGGAACCGUCCACUAUGCUCAAAACAUCAUCGCCUUCGUCAUCCUCUCAUCCACUUCUCCCGUUACCUACUCCAUCGCCUCGCUUAUCAAACGCGUUGCUGUGAUCUGUAUCGCUAUUGUGUGGUUCAACCAGUCUGUCCAUCCCGUUCAAGCAAUCGGCAUCGUCAUGACCUUCACUGGUCUCUACAUGUACAACAACGCAAAGGGAGAUGUUGAGAAGGGCGAGAAGAAGCUGCGGAGAAUAGAAGCCGCCAGGGAUAUGAUGCUACCUACCACUAAGGAAGACUCGAAGAUGAUGCUGGGCACGGACACCCCUCCUUCGGAGAUGGUACCAGAGUAUCAACAGGAGGUCGGUCUCGGGUCGGGAACGAUGUAUGGACGAACAAGAGCAAAGUCUUUGUCGCAGAAUAGUCAUCCACUUCACCGGCCACCCCCUUCAAACCCGUUACAUAUCAAGACUUCUGGGCAUAUACCUCCGACGAUAAAGGAAGGCGGUGGAUCACCAGUAGACCUAUAUCCCUCACCUCCGCUAUCUAAUGACUCUCCUCCGGUGAAUACGAUUCCCCUUCCAGGGCAGAAUCCUUACGGUGUGCAAGAUACCUGGGAUAGGUCACACUUGCACCACCACCAUGCACAUCACCCACCGCCUGUGUACGCGUCAUGAU